UUAGAUGUGUGUAAAUUUAAAAGAAUAUAAUAUGGUGGUGUGUGAGUGAAUUUACAGGGCUGAGAGCUUGAGUUCAAAUUCUUAUGCCCCAAAAGUUUUUUGGUUAUAUUUAUCACGUUCUCAAGGGUGAGUGCAUUUUCAAUUCCAUCGAUGAUUAAAUCGUCUCUGAGCAGAAUCAGAACGACCAUAACCUGCUCCAAUAUAGACAUUUUUUUGUCGCAAUGCAAGAAUCUGAAGCUCUUCGAUCAAGUUUUAUCUCUAACGUUCUGCACAGGGCUAAUCAGAGACACGUACGCCGCCAGUAGAAUCCUCAAGUUCUCGACCGAUUCAGCCUUCAUUCAAAUCGAUUAUUCGCUAAAGAUCUUCACAGGCAUCGACGCCAAAAAUGGCUUCAUCUGGAACACCAUGUUCCGAGCCUUACUACACGGCGGCAGACCGCACGAAUCGAUCCUUCUUUACAGGUCAAUGCUCGCAGACGACCUUUUGUCCAUCGAUCAUUACACGCACCCUAUCUUGAUUCACGGCUGCUCCCUCGGAUUGUCCGAGUUUGAGGGGAGACAGGUGCACGAUCACGCGUUGAAGAUGGGAUUCGACGAAGAUUUAUACGUGGCGAACAAUUUGAUAAACUUCUACGGCGUUUGCGGGCUUAUGUUUGAUGCCCGGAAGGUGUUCGACGAAAGUCCUGAACAGGACACUGUUUCUUGGAACUCAUUGUUGGCUGGGUAUGUUGCAGCAGGAAAUGUCGACGACGCGAAGUUAGUCUAUUCUCGGAUGCCUCAAAAGAAUGUCAUUGCGUCGAAUUCCAUGAUUGCGUUGUUGGGAAAGAGCCGCCGGAUGCGCGAAGCUCGCGAGCUCUUUAAUGUAAUAGAAGACAAGGAUUUGGUGUCAUGGACUGCACUGAUUUCAGGUUAUGAGCAGAAUGAGAUGUAUGAAGAGGCUUUGAAGCUUUUACCGACUAUGCAAACGAAUGGAAUUCGCAUCGAUGAAGUGGUCGUUGUGUCCGCACUCUCUGCUUGUUCGCAUUCGUCGAGUUUCAGGUUGGGGGAAUCGCUUCACGGCUUGUCUGUGAAAAUUGGUUUCAAAUCGUAUGUGAAUUUAUACAACGCGUUGCUUCAUGCGUACUCCUUGCGAGGGGAUGUGUUCGCCGCGGAGAAAUUGUUUGCCGCGGCUUCAUUCUUGGACUUAAUAUCUUGGAAUUCGAUGAUAUCUGGAUACAUGAAAUGUGGAUCGACUGAUAAAGCGAGGGAAUUGUUCGACGCCAUGCCCGAGAAGGACGUUGUGUCGUGGAGUUCGAUGAUAUCUGGUUACUCGCAAUGUGAUAAGUUUCCGGAGACUUUAGCAUUGUUUCACGAUAUGCAGCGGGAAGGCGUUAGGCCAGACGAAACGACUUUGGUCAGUGUGAUUUCAGCGUGUACUCAUCUUGCGGCGCUCGAACAAGGAAAAUGGCUAGAUGCUUAUAUUCGGAAGAACGGGAUGAAAGUGAACGUAAUUCUCGGCACAACUCUUAUCGAUAUGUACAUGAAGUGUGGAAGCGUGGAGAGCGCGAUGAACGUAUUUUAUGGGAUGGAGGAGACGGGGGUUUCUUCGUGGAACGCUGUAAUUCUCGGCUUGGCCAUGAACGGGCGAGUAGAACAAUCGCUUUUGAUGUUUGAAACGAUGAAGAAACGUAAAGUAGUUCCGAACGAAGUUACCUUUGUCGCAGUUCUUGGCGCUUGUCGACAUAUGGGCCUCGUACAAGAAGGGCGACGGUAUUUCGACUCGAUGUCGAAAGAAUACAACAUCGAACCGAGUAUUAAACACUAUGGAUGCUUGGUCGACCUUCUCGGUCGAGCAGGGCUGCUGAGGGAAGCCGAAGAACUUAUAAACACCAUGCCUAUGGCGCCAGACGUCGCGACAUGGGGAGCCCUCCUCGGAGCAUGCAAGAAACACGGCGACAAGGAAAUGGGUGAGAAGCUCGGGAGGAAGCUCGUCGAACUCCAACCCGAGCACGACGGUUUCCACGUCUUGCUGUCGAAUAUAUACGCUUCGAAAGGUAACUGGGGUGAUGUCCAGGAGAUCAGGGGAGUCAUGGCACGGCACGGCGUCGUCAAAACUCCAGGCUGCAGUAUAAUCGAAGCCGAUGGCAUCGUCCAUGAGUUUCUUUCGGGAGACAGGUCGCACCCUCGGAUUCUGGAAAUCGAGACGAUGUUGGAGGAAAUGGUCCGAAGAUUGAAGAGGCUGGGGUAUGCGCCCGGAACAGGCGAGGUUUUACUCGAUAUAGACGAAGAGGAGAAAGAGACGAACCUUGUUCGACAUAGCGAGAAGCUUGCGAUUGCUUUCGGGCUGUUGGCGACGCGUUCGCCUGCGCCGAUAAGAAUCGUUAAGAAUUUGAGGAUCUGCAGUGACUGUCAUGAAGCGGCAAAAAUGGCAUCGAAUGCUUUCGACCGCGAGAUCGUGGUAAGGGAUCGUCACCGGUUUCACCAUUUCCGGCACGGCUCAUGUUCUUGUUGGGAUUACUGGUAGCGCAGAAACAGCAUUCUUACAUUCUACUUACUGUGUCAAUACUACACAAGCCUGAACUUACAUAUGAACAGAGAGCCAGCAGCCCGAACUAAAACUCGAGGGCCCCGAUAAUUGCGAAACAUCGUAUUUACAGCUACUCCUAAAGAAGAAUCCUGACAUGCGACUCAGCCGGCGAAAAACAACAGCAGCUAAGAGCGCGAAAGCGACCAUAUAUGUACAAUGAAACGAGGUGUUUUUGUUCUGCAGAAUCAGCGAUCCGGCAUCAGACUAGAAUCUGAGACUUGGCGAGGCCGCGGGAGCAUUUCUUUCGGUUAGAAUUGUUCAACGAGCAGACGCAGAUUUCCAGGAGUUCAUAGUCUUCCUCCCAGAACAGCUUUGCUGCCUUCUCCGGAUUCUCCAACAGCAUCUUCGAUGUCAGGAAACCGGCGAUGGACCAUGUCUGGAAUAGCCGAGCCUGCUUUCCUAUGAACUUGCCCUUCUCCGUGUCGUAGUAUUCAGGCCAGCCGUCCAUAGGAAGCCUCUUCUCGGCAACAUCGAUCGCCUUCCUGGCCAGAUCAGUCCGGCCCAUCUUCACACAUGCCAACGUGAACUGCCACAAAAGUGUCGGCCAAGAUCCACCGUUGUGAUACGACCAAGGUCUGCAAAAGUUCAUCGGAUAUCAGUGAUUCAAGCAGCAAAUUAUAGGCGAAAAGGGAAGUUAAGGGCGCUCACGUAUUCUUUGGAUCGCUUCCAGUGAUUAUUCGCCAAUCCUCAGAUUCGACAGCAGGGUAGCAUAUCUUAAGAGGCAUCUGUCCGAUGAGAUCCUCCCAUUUAUGAUCGAUGAGGUUCAGUAUAGACUCAUUCUGUUUUGGCGUGCCCAGGGAGGAUACAAUCGACCAGAGGUUACCGAGCAUGAAGAAUCUGAAAUCCAUAUGGGCCGGCUGCAGGUUGCCGAUGAGAUAUCCGCCAUUCUCGGGGAUCCAAUGAAUCAACCAGUGAGGGAUUUGUUCAGGGUCGACCCAAUAGUAUUCUCUGAUGUGAAACGACAGCGCGCUUAGCCUCGUGUUAAUGGCACUUACCAAAUUCUUGGA